GCCGAGCACUAGCCCAAUUGCGAAGGGUAUUGGCGUUUGCACCUCCUCUUCCCCUCCUCCCUCCCUCUCGCCCAGAGAGGAGGACGGACCUAGUUCCAGGCUCGGGGCUGGUUUAUUCUGCAGCCGAGGAUUACAUCUAUAUGCAAACUGUCUCACUCUCGCCAGAUUUUCCACUUAGGCUCAGGCAUAGGUUGUUUUCCAAAUUACUGUUUUUAAUUGCACCUGCCUUUCAGAUUACCUCUGGGAAUCUGUGGGAGGAGCCAAGAGGGUGGAAAAUGUUGCUUCGCUUUGCAGAAGGAAGAAAACUUUGACACUCAGCGUGAGACCUCUGCCACGCGUAACCCGGCGAGAGACCAGAACCGGGACAGCCUUUGGCUUUGAUUUUGCAUCCGAUGAGCCCGUAGGAGGAAGCGGACACUUGAACUUGGCGCUCACGCCGACUGCCAUCCCUCCCGGGUGGCAGCGACCCGAGGUACCUGCUCCACCCUCCCUCCCCGCGGAAAUCCCCACGCGGCGUCUUCAGGGUGGAAGGACAGUAAAGAGCGCGCGGCUCGAGGCCAACGGCAGGGGCCGGGCUAGGAAAGAGGACCGAAUUCCAGGAACAAGUCACCCGGAAUUAACUUCUGGUUAAAGUUAUGGGAAGCGCAGCCAUGGACACCAAAAAGAAGAAAGAUGUUUCCAGCCCCGGCGGGGGCAGCGGCAAGAAAAAUCCCAGCCAGAAGAGGCGUUCGCUGCGCGUGCACAUCCCGGACCUGAGUUCCUUUGCCAUGCCGCUCCUGGAUGGAGACCUGGAGAGUUCAGAAAAGCACUCUUCUCGUAAGGCGGACAGCCCCUUCAGCUCUGGCAGCCCCUCCAAAGGGUUCUUCUCCAGGGGCCCCCAGCAGCGGCCCUCCAGCCCCGUGUCUGCUCCCGUGAGGCCCAAGACCAGCCCCGGCUCUCCCAAAACUGUGUUCCCAUUCUCCUACCAGGAGUCCCCACCGCGCUCCCCACGCCGCAUGAGCUUCAGCGGGAUCUUCCGCUCCUCAUCCAAAGAGUCUUCCCCCAACUCCAACCCGUCUACCUCGCCAGGGGGCAUCAGGUUCUUCUCCCGCUCCAGAAAAACGUCAGGCCUCUCUUCCUCUCCGUCGACACCCACCCAAGUGGCCAAGCAGCACACUUUUCCUCUCGAAUCCUAUCAGCAUGAGCCUGAGCGACUGGAAAAUCGCAUCUAUGCCUCCUCUUCCCCUCCGGACACAGGCCAGAGGUUCUGCCCGUCCUCCUUCCAGAGUUCAGCCAGGCCUCCGUCAGCAUCACCGACACACUACACUCCCUCCAAAACCGCGGCGCUGGCGGCGGCCCCGGGACCUGCGGAAGCCGGCAUGCUGGAGAAAUUCGAGUUGGAAGAAGAAGCAGAAGACUCAGAAAGUGGCGUUUACAUGCGAUUCAUGAGGUCACACAAGUGUUACGACAUUGUUCCCACCAGUUCAAAGCUCGUUGUCUUUGAUACUACAUUACAAGUUAAAAAGGCCUUCUUUGCCUUAGUAGCCAAUGGUGUUCGAGCAGCGCCACUGUGGGAGAGUAAAAAACAAAGUUUUGUAGGAAUGCUAACAAUUACAGAUUUCAUAAAUAUACUACAUAGAUACUAUAAAUCACCCAUGGUACAGAUUUAUGAAUUAGAAGAACAUAAGAUUGAAACGUGGAGGGAGCUUUAUUUACAAGAAACAUUUAAGCCUUUAGUGAAUAUAUCUCCAGAUGCAAGCCUCUUCGAUGCUGUAUACUCGUUGAUCAAAAAUAAAAUCCACAGAUUGCCAGUUAUUGACCCUAUCAGUGGGAAUGCACUUUAUAUACUUACCCACAAAAGAAUCCUCAAGUUCCUCCAGCUUUUUAUGUCUGAUAUGCCAAAGCCUGCCUUCAUGAAGCAGAACCUGGAUGUGCUUGGAAUCGGGACCUACCACAAUAUCGCCUUCAUACACCCCGACACUCCCAUCAUUAAGGCCUUGAACGUCUUUGUAGAAAGACGAGUGUCGGCCUUGCCUGUAGUGGACGAGUCAGGAAAAGUUGUAGAUAUUUAUUCCAAAUUUGAUGUAAUUAACCUUGCUGCUGAGAAAACGUACAACAACUUAGAUAUCACCGUGACCCAGGCCCUGCAGCACCGCUCGCAGUAUUUCGAGGGUGUUGUGAAGUGCAGCAAGCUGGAGGUGCUGGAGACCAUUGUGGACAGAAUAGUGAGAGCUGAGGUCCAUCGGCUGGUGGUAGUGAAUGAAGCAGAUAGCAUCGUGGGUAUCAUUUCCCUGUCAGAUAUUCUGCAAGCCCUGAUACUCACGCCGGCAGGUGCCAAACAGAAGGAGACGGAAACCGAAUGACCGCUGUGAAUGGAGAAGCCCUUGUAGGAAAACUUGAACAAAGAUUCUGGGUCAUGCUUUGCCUCAUGAACACUGACCGUGAUAGAAGAGACUGAAAUGGCUGAGAAUGUAUAUCAGGGUUUAGUGAUGGGUAUUUUUUCCAGUAAUGUUGAAACUAAGCAUAAAAAAGAAAGAUUUUAUGUGUUUGAAGAUUCAGGCUUGCAUUAAAAGACUAUUUUCAGGCCUUUGUCUGAAAUAUUUCAAAUGCUGUAUGUCAUUCAAGUGCACUGUGUCCUGAAAUUUUAUUAGUUUUCAUUUCAAAGAACUCACUGGUAUGUAACAGGUAAUAUGACAUAAGGCGAGUGUAUGGCAUAUUCAGAUCUAGUGCCUUAUGUCAGAACACAGCGAUAUGUCAUCACUACUGCCCCUUGCAGCGGAGCGUGUCCCUGUGUGAAUUGACACUGUGCUGGCGUGUGACAGUCUUUGAACCUUUACCAAAUCAGCUUGUUUUCAUUAGAUGUGUCAAACAGUUGUAAUUGGAAUAUAAAUAAUUACUUUAUAAAAUUUUAAUGACAGUUUUAUGUUUGUGUUCUGUUCUGAACUGUAGUGUAAGCAAGACUGCUUUACAACAGCUUUAUUUAUUUUUACUUUGAUGCAAUUUUUUACACAUCUUUUGGUGGGUAAACUUCACCAUACCUAUUAAUAAACCAUUGGUUGUUAUUUUAAAAUGGCAAAUUUCUCAUUAUUUAAGUUUGGAUCUGGAAAGGAUAUGACUUCUAAAAGAGCCACUGUUCGGCUUUAAAAGAUGAAGUUUCUAAAAGCCUGUGUGGAAACCUGCUCUGCUGGACUGGAAACAGGCCGCGGUUAUGAGGAAACGAAGUGCCGGGAAGAUGUCUAUUUUUUUCUUGUGUAUUGAAAUGUAAAAUCACGAUGUUUGUGUGACUGCUGAUGCGAUUGUUUCUGUAAAUUUCAUUGUGGCAUAUGCAGUAUUGUCAUGGUUGAAGAGAAACACAAUGUUUCCUGAUGUAAGUGCUCUGAAAAUGUUGACACUGUAUAUAUAUGAGUAUAGUUUGGUUUUUUGUUUUUUGGGUUUUUUUUUUUUGCAGAUUGAAAAAUUAAAAUAAAUCCUACUAUAUACCAUUUUGUUAAA